UCAGCCGUGCAGAUUGUUCUAGCAAAAAGCGGCAGCGCGAUUCCGAGCCGAAGGCCGGCGGUACUGACCCUGGGAAUGGAGGGGCAGCAGCAGGAGGGCCUGGGCCUAAGCCACAGCCUGACCCCUCAUGUUUACUGGGCACAGAGGCACCAGGAGCUGUACCUGAGGGUGGACCUGAACGGAGUCCAGAAACCUGAUAUCAAGAUCACUGAAAACACACUCUCAUUUAAAGCACACGGCCAUGGUGCAAAAGGAGCCAAUGCAUAUGAGUUUCAUCUUACAUUCUUGGCACCAGUGAAUCCUGAGCCGCAGUUUAAGGUCACAGAAAGACAAGUAAACAUAACAGUGAAGAAAAUGGAGAAUAGAUGGUGGCACAGGCUGACCAAACAAGAAAAGAAACCAAUAUUCUUGGCUCCUGAUUUUGACCGCUGGAUGGAUGAAUCUGAUGCUGAAAUGGAACUUCAAGCAAAGGAAGAAGAGAGAGAAAUUAAUAGAAUGAGUUUGGAGUCAAGAGUUCGGAAGAACUCUUAUGUCACCAUGAAGAAAGGUUACUUAUUUAUGUACAACCUGGUGCAGUUUUUGGGUUUUUCAUGGAUCUUUGUUAAUAUGACAGUUCGACUGUUUGUGUUCGGUCGAGACUCUUUGUUUGAUACUUUCCACGCAGUUGGUGAUGUGAUGAACCUUUGCCAGCUAUUUGCAAUAUUGGAGGUUAUAAACCCAUUGCUAAAUUUGGUGAAAACAGGAUUGGUGCCAGCAGUGAUCCAGGUAAUUGGGAGGAAUAUGAUUCUGUUUGUGGUGAUUGGAAGUCAGGUGGAAAUGCAGAAUAAAGCAGCAGUGUUCGUAGUUUUUUACCUAUGGAGCAUCAUCGAAAUGUUCCGAUACCCAUACUACAUGCUGUCCUGUAUAGACACAGAGUGGAGAUUGCUGACGUGGAUCCGAUAUACCAUUUGGAUUCCUCUUUAUCCACUUGGAGUCAUUGCUGAAGCGGUGUGUGUGAUUCAGUCUAUACCAUACUUUGAUGAAACAGGAAGAUUUAGUAUCUUGCUGCCCAACCCAUUCAACAUCUCAUUCAGCUUCUCCUACUUCCUGCGAGGUUACCUUAUUGCUCUGUUCUUGGGUUUGUUCUUUAAUUUCCGACAUCUCUACAAACAAAGUAACAAGCAUCUCCGCCCAAAAAAACGAAAGCUGCACUAGAAAGGAUGUGUGUUUCUGAGUUGGAGCAUCACCUUUAAUAUUUUAAUUAAAUGUAAACUUGCUGCCUUUAUAAACCUCCUACUUUCCUGGAGGUGAGAAAAGCCAUGGUGAAAUGUCAAUACGUCUUCAGUAACCUGUUUCCCCCCCUCAUACCAGAUGCAACCUUUGCAGGUAUCACCUAUUGCACCUGAUCAUUUCCAAUCUAUUGCCAGCGUGAGAAGUAUUUUGCAAUAACCAAACACAUUCCUUAAUACUAAGGGAAAUAUUCACUUUGUCCAGUUAUAUUGCACCCUUGGUAAAAGUAUAUUUUUUCCAACUGCAGCAGAAUAAUUUUAUAAAUUAAAAUUGGUUUUGUAUUGUGAUGCAAUUUUGAUUUGUCUAAGAUGACUGUGCAAAAAAAGAGGUCUUAGCCGUUAGUGGGCAUUAUUAGACAGAUUAAUGCGUUGCUGUGUCUCAGUCUUUCUAGAAUUAGGAAAGUUAAUUUUAAAUUAGCUGCUUUAAUCUCUGUUCUUGCCACCACUCUCCAUUGUGUAUUAUUCAGUGUGACAGUAGGAGCCAUGUUUCACUGCUCUGUUUCCUUAUAACCAGAACCAAGGUGGUUGGGGGAGGAUUCCAUUCCAUUAGAAAAGCAAUACAGACUCAGGUGAUUUCCUUGGUGCAAAGUUACUCUGCUACUGAACUAUUUGUAGUCAUGCUCAUGAAUAUUAACUUCACAAAGGGUGGUUCAUUUCAUACUAAAAACACGAGGAUGGGUGCAUUAACGUUAGUUAGGAAGCUUAAAUCAGUGUGCGAGACAUAACCAUUAAAAAUGGCGAGAGAGAAAGCUGGGUUGCAUCAAGUCUCUUCUUUGAAAGAUUGGAUCUUUGCUCAUCAUUCACAUUGCCACCACUUAAAACACAUGCAAGCUGAUGAUUUUCUCCCUUGUUAUUUUGUUUGUUAAUCAAGACAAAUGCAAUGCAUUUAGAACUGUAACCAAAUGGUUUAGAUCAAAAUAUUUUGUGAAAAGUUUGAAAGUGUAUUGACAUGCGCAAAUUUUUUUGAGGAACGGUUAGAGAUGGAGAACUGCUGUUAUCAUCAGAAAGGAUUUACUGCAAUUUGAAUAGUGUGAACAUAGUGAAAACUAGUGAUCAAAAUUUUAUCUCAUGAGGUUUCAUGCAAGGAGAUUCGGCUGCUACAUCUUUUGUGUGUCCAAGUGUCCCUUCUUAGUGAGUUAUUGUUGUUCAACUUUUAUAUAUUGUAAAUCCUGUGCCACUGAAGGUGAAUUGAAACGUGAUAAGACUUUCAUAGUUCCUUGGUUGAGGUGACUUUUUGGUUUGUGGAUUAUGUUGACCAUAAUGUUGUAAUGAUCAGACAACUUCAACAGAUUCUGAUGUCAAAGAUGAUCCGUGGUUUGUAAUGAAUGAAUAAGCUAAACUGUUCUUAUCAUGUGAAGUUUGAGAGUUUUAACCAAAGUCUGAAGGAUCACAAACUGUAAUUUCAACCAUUUCUCCAAGAUCUUGGAAAAUUAGUAGCCUUGUUUAUCAAUUUAAGUUUUUGUCACAUGGUCACAGGUGAAGUUUUCUGUCUUCACAUUUUUAUUAUUUAAACAUAGAGGUGGUGAGGAUGAGAUGGACUGUGACCUAUCAUUACUGUGUGCUAUCUGGGAGAAGCAAGACCUUUGGUUACACUGCAACAUUUGACUUGUUGGCUACAAUGAGCUAAUGUGUGCUGACCAUUUGCAGUGGAUUGUCAGAAAAAACACUGAUCAAUAAAAUACGCAGACAAUAACAACAGAUUACCACACAUGUUUUCAAGGUAAUAUGUGAUCUGGGGUUUCAGUAACGGUUGGUGUCAGAUUCAUUAUGGAAAAUAUCCAAGGAAACCAUUUAGCCCACUGAAUCUAUGCUGACUCUCUGUAGAGCAAUCCAAUUAGUCCCACUCCCUUGCUUUAUCCCUGUAGCUCUGCAAGUGUAUUUCCCUCGAGGGCCAAUUAAUUUCUUUUACCAAUCAGUGUCAAUUUCCAACAUUUUACAUUGGCAGCAAGUUUCAGCCACUACUGCACACUGCAUUUUAAAACAAAAAUCUUGCCAAAACUUUGUAUCAUAAAUAAAGGGGUAUAGCUUUUCUUUGUGUACUUUACCUAAAGCUGUCAUAAUCUCCCAUUGAUCUUGUUUGCUGUAAGGCAACCAUCUCAGUUUCUCCAACCUAACCUUUGUAGUCCUUCACUCCCAGAACCUUUCUGGCAAAUAUCUACUUCUUCAGAACCAUACAUUUCUGAAAUAUUCCUGUCUAAACCCUUAUACUUGAUAAAUCCAAUCUCUCAAUACAUCCUGUCAACUUCAAACACACUUUAGAACUGGCCAGUAAAUCAGUAUUGCCCCUCUCUCUCUUGCCAAAGUGUAUCACCACCUAUUUCUCUACAUGCAAAUUCUGCUAGCCUGUCUAUACCAAUUUGCAUUUGAUAAGUGUCAACUUCCUAUUUCCCAUGCCUUCAAAUUUAGGAUCAUCAGCAAAUUUUGGAAUUGAACUCAGUUUUGCAAUCUCCAAGUCAUAUUUAUAUGCACAAAACAAAAGCAAAGAGAUCCUAGCCCUGACUUCUGGGCAACACCACUGUUUGUCAUCCUCCUGUCUGAAAAGCGACCAUUUACAACAUACUGUUCUGUCCUUAAGACAACUUUUUAUCCAGUGUUUUCCCUCCUAUUCCAUAAGCCUGAGUUUUAUUAAUAAUAUACAAUGGUGCAAUGGUUUAAUGGUGUACAAUGAAACUUAAAUGUGUACUUUGAUUCUGUUAUUGAAUUACCUGAAUUGAACUGCCACUGUAUAACGAUUUGAAUUGCACUUAUGAAUUAGUUUUGUACAUUAAAAUGAUAAUUUCACUGAA